AUGUACGCCAACUCACUUCAUCUGGUGAACUUUCGGCAGGAAAAGGCAUACCUAGCAAAUGACCGGCCCUUUGACCUCAACGAACACUUGAAUCAUAGCGCCCUCGGUGGUAUGCUUUCUUUUGUUUUCCAUCGGCAUUUUGAGCAUACUGCCCUUGGCCCUCAAGCUGAGGCUGUCUCCGCCCUUGAGCCUUCAACUGUUAAAGUUAGCACCCUUAGAGAGGUGGAAUUCCCAGAAGGAAAACACCAUCCGUUCAUCAUCGCGCUCUAUAAGGCGGUAGAUGCAGAUAAAGUGACCAAGUCCAUGUCACCAAAUUUUACUAUGUCGUGGCUCCGUCAAGCGCCUCGCUACAGAAACGUCACAGCUGUAAAGAGACGCGUUGUCCAGGAACAAGUGCAGAGUGCCCAGGCUAGAUUCCGUGCGACAGAGGAAAUCAAAACUGCGAUUGAAUAUAAGUUAAUGCGUGAAACGAAGGCUGCUGAAAAGCAGGGCCGAAAGCCGGACUAUGAAAAUACUACCAUAAUGGAAGAGGUGAAAUAUGCUUACUUUCCUUAUUCACCUCCUAAAACCCUUAUUUCUGGGCAAUAUAUCGCCGGUCUACAAAUGACCAGCACCACUCUUGCUUGGUCUUUUAUUCAUAUGACCCGCUACCCGGAGAUUCAAAACAAGCUACGAAAGGCUCUUCGGUUGCACGCGACAAGUGUAGCGCGACAAACCGUUCGUGACACUGAAAUUUUCAGCCAUCAUAUUCCCGAAGGCACCAAUGUUAUCAUGAUCGCCAACGGGCCCGGAUGCCAUGCACCAUCGCUUUCUGUCGACGAAAAGCUGCGCAGCAAAACCACCAAGGCGAAUAACUGGGAUGAACCCGACCUGAGAGUAUUCAAUUCGGAGCGUUGGCUCGAAUACAAGAAAUCAAGCUCUGGGGAAGAUGAGGUGGAGUUCAACGCAAACGCAACUCCUCAGAUUGCCUUUGGCUUGGGUCUGCGCAGCUGUUGGGGUCGUCGACUCGCAUACUUAGAGAUGCGCAUGGUAGUAACGCUUGUUAUUUGGAACUUCGAUCUUCUCCCGGUUUCUGCAGCUCUGGCUGCACCAAAGGCGAGCUAUGGUGCCGUCACCCAAUACAUUGUCUCAUGCCGCAUGAACGCCACUCGCUUCACUGAACAACUUGGUGCGAGGCAGCAGCAAACUCAAUACAGCCACAAGAGCCCCACCGGCAAUGGUGAGAAUGUAAGUGUCGCCAAUAGCAUGGACAAUAGCAUCAAGCACGCGAGUCUUGAGUGCCGGGGACAGAUCCUUUACAAGAUCUGA